AUAUACAUCAUACACUAUCAUGUCUUCUUUACAACCAAGUAAAGACGAUAAAGGAACAGAAGAUUCUUUCCAAGAAAUAUCUCCUGACGUUAUUCCAGAUGAAGGUAGGGCACCAACAGAUUUAGAACUUGAAACACUUAGACAUGUGGCUGAACCAAUCCCAUUACGAUGCUGGCUUGUGGCUAUUGUUGAAUUAGCCGAGCGGUUCAGUUACUAUGGGUUGUCAGCUCCAUUUCAGAACUACAUGCAAAAUACCCCACAAGACUCACCUAGAGGUCUUCUUGGUUUAAAUCAAAAUGGUGCAACUGCUCUCUCUUACUUUUUCCAAUUUUGGUGUUACAUCACUCCUAUCCUUGGUGGUUGGCUUGCUGACACUUAUUGGGGGAAGUACAAAACCAUCACUUUUGCUUGUGGAGUUUAUUUAGUUGGGAUUCUUAUCUUAUUCCUCACUUCCAUUCCAUCGAUCAACAAUCAUAACCUGGCUUUGGGCGGAUUUAUAGUUUCAAUUAUUAUUAUUGGUUUGGCAACCGGCGGUGUCAAGUCCAAUGUCUCACCAUUGAUUGCCGACCAAGUGCCUACUCACAAGCCAGUUAUUAAAGUAUUGAAGUCAGGUGAACGUGUCAUCCAAGAUGCAAACAUCACUAUUCAAAAUGUAUUUAUGUUUUUCUAUAUGAUGAUUAAUAUUGGGUCAUUGUCUGUGCUUGCCACUACUCAAUUAGAACACAAGAUUGAUUUCUGGGCCGCAUAUUUACUUCCCUUUUGUUUCUUCUUUAUUGCCCCACUUUGUCUUCUCCUUGGAAGAAAGCAGUAUGUUAAAACUCCAGUCGGCGAUAAAAUUGUCAACAAAACAUUCCAAUGUAUUUGGAUUGGACUUAGAAAUAAGUUCAACUUAGAUGCCGCAAAACCAAGCGUGAACCCCGAUAGAGGAUAUCCAUGGACUGAUCAUUUUGUGGAGGAAGUCAAGAGAUCAUUGUAUGCUUGCAAAGUGUUUGUGUUUUAUCCAGUAUAUUGGCUAGUCUAUGGACAGAUGGUGAACAAUUUUAUUUCCCAAGCAGGUCAAAUGGAGCUUCAUGGAUUGCCCAAUGAUUUCUUGCAAGCAAUCAACUCCAUCACAAUUAUUGUCUUUAUUCCAAUUUGUGAAAGGUGGAUUUACCCCUUGAUCAGAAGAUUCACUCCAUUCAGAGCAAUUACCAAAAUUUUCUUUGGAUUCAUGUUUGCUACGGCAGCCAUGAUCUAUGCUGCUGUUUUGCAACAUUACAUUUACUCCGCGGGACCAUGUUACCAAUUUCCCAAAGAGUGUGCACCAGAAUACCAAACUGUUCCUAAUCAAAUACAUGUAGCUAUUCAAGUCCCAGCAUACCUGUUGAUUGCCAUGUCGGAAAUUCUCGCUUCCAUUACUGGGUUAGAAUACGCAUACACCAAGGCACCAGCUAGUAUGAAGUCAUUCAUCACAUCCCUUUUCUUAGUUACUAAUGCAUUUGGUGCGGUAUUGGGUAUUGCUUUGAGUUCAACUUCCAAAAAUCCAAAGAUGGUCUGGACAUAUACUGGUAUUGGAAUUGGUUGUUUCAUUGCUGGUUGUUGUUUCUGGUUGAUAUUCCAUCAUUACAACAACAAGGAACUCGAGCAUCAAAAAUUAGAUUGGGAAGAGGAAGAAGACCCAGCCGGUGGUUUGAAACCAGUGCUUUCCGUUCAUUCUUUCAGAAGUAUGACAUAG